UGGCUCGGCCGGGGCGGGGCUUGGGGCGGCCCAGCAGCCUCCUAACGUUCUCCCCACCGCGGCGGCGGCGGCGGCGGCGGCGGCGAAGGAAGAACUCUACGCGCUCCGGCCGCGCUCCAGCCCCAGCCCCAGCCGAAGCUGACGCUGUAGCCCGCUCUGGGCCGGGGCCAUGGGCGCCCCGCGCCGCCCGGGUCAUGAGGACGGAGGCGGAGGCAGCGGGCCCGCCACUCGAGCCCGGGGACUUUGUGCAGCUGCCCGUGCCCAUCAUCCAGCAGCUGUACCACUGGGACUGUGGCCUGGCCUGCUCCAAGAUGGUGCUGCGGUACCUGGGCCAGCUAGACGACAGUGAGUUCGAGAGCGCCCUGCAGGAGCUGCGGCUGACCAGGAGCAUCUGGACCAUCGACCUGGCCUACCUGAUGCGCCACUUUGGCGUGAGGCACCGCUUCUGUACCCAGACCCUGGGCGUUGACAAGGGCUAUAAGAACCAGUCCUUCUAUAGGAAGCACUUUGAUACAGAGGAGACCCGGGUGAACCAGCUGUUUGCACAAGCCAAGGCCUGCAAGGUGCUGGUGGAGAAAUGCACGGUGAGCGUGCACGACAUCCAGGCGCACCUGGCGCAGGGCCAUGUGGCCAUCGUGCUGGUGAACUCAGGGGUGCUGCACUGCGACCUGUGCUCCAGCCCUGUCAAGUACUGCUGCUUCGCCCCCAGCAGCCACCGCUGCUUCUGCCGCACACCCGACUACCAGGGCCACUUCAUCGUCCUGCGCGGCUACAGCCGGGCCACUGGCUGCAUCUUCUACAACAACCCGGCCUACGCCGACCGAAUGUGCAGCACCAGCAUCAGUAACUUUGAGGAGGCCAGAACCAGCUAUGGCACAGACGAGGACAUCCUCUUUGUCUACUUGGACAGCUGACAGCUGGAGCCUGGUGUGCCCAGGCCCUCAGACCCCACCCCCACUGCAUCUGGGCCCACUCAGGAUGCCCUAGUCCAGGCCCAGGGCUGCUGGAGCCGGGAUGCGGAGCUGCAGCCUCAGCCUACCUGGCAAAGCCCCAGGCAACUCUGGGAGGUUGCGGCAAGGUUGCUGCAUCCGCCAGCGCUGUGUGUUGUGCUGCUUACCCUGAGCACCUGCUGGGUGCUGGAAGCGUCCCCAGAGCAUCUGAGAGGAUCCUUUCCCCAGGACCCCAGGCCCGGAGAAGUCCAGCCCCAAGGGUGCCCUUCCUGCCUUCAAGCCGGACCCAUAGCCAGGGUCCGGCCCGAAGGGAGAGGCCUAAGUUAGUCUCCCC